UAUUGCUCCUCUCCCCUCCCUUCCUUGCUAAGCAAGUCAAGUUAGCUAGCUAGUUAGCGAGACCAGCUCUUUAAAUCCCUUGUAGUUAUAUGAUUAUGAAUUGAUUGAUCCGCGAUAACUUUGUUUAUUUUAUUUCUGUCUCCACAGUCCAGUUAACAAGCCAACUAACAAAAUGAACAUACGAAAUGCAAGGCCGGAGGACCUCAUGAAUAUGCAGCAUUGCAACCUGCUGUGUCUUCCGGAAAAUUACCAAAUGAAAUACUACUUCUAUCACGGGUUGUCCUGGCCUCAGCUCUCCUACAUUGCAGAGGACGAAAAUGGAAAAAUUGUUGGAUAUGUGCUGGCAAAGAUGGAGGAGGACCCUGAUGACGUACCCCAUGGACACAUCACAUCCCUGGCGGUGAAGCGCUCCCACAGGCGUCUUGGUCUGGCUCAGAAGCUGAUGGAUCAGGCCAGCCGGGCCAUGAUCGAAAACUUCAGCGCUAAAUAUGUCUCGCUUCAUGUUCGCAAAAGCAACCGCGCAGCCUUGCACCUGUACUCCAACACGCUCAAGUUCCAGAUCAGUGAGAUAGAACCCAAAUACUACGCGGAUGGGGAGGAUGCGUACGCCAUGAAGAGAGACCUGGCCCACAUGGCUGAUGAAGUCCCCAAGGUGAAAAAGCCGGGAGUGCGCCUGUCGGGUCAGGAGGCUGCGUCGGGCCAGAACCCGUCGGGAUCCGGCGACCAGGAGAGGGAGAACGAGCGAGACAGCGGAGGAGAGAGCAAAGAGCUGAGUGAAGUCAGCGAGGCGACAGAAAGCACAGACGUUAAAGAUUCUUCUUCUGAUUCACAAUGACGCUGCAGUCCUAGACAUUUUUAAAUUCAUCCCAUGCUUCCUCUUUUUAUCCCUAUUUGACAAUACAUCUGCUUUACAGACUAUCUGUGCGUCAAAACACGUCCCACAUCAGUUUUUUUUCUUGAAGCUUGCAGUGAUGAACAAAAGGUCUCGGAUAAUGACUUGAAUCAGGGUGUUUAUGAAUAACGUUAAUGAAUAACUGAUCUCAAUGUUUUUAUCGGACUGUUGUUGUCAUUACACAGAGUUGCAAAGAGUUCUGUGAGAUUUAGAGAAUUUAAAACAAUUUGUGCUUUUCAAGUUGUCUCAAUCUGGUUGCAGAAUUGCUGCAAAUAAAUCUUUCAAAUAACA